AUGCCUAAAUUCUAUUGCGAUUAUUGUGAUGUAUUUUUAACAAAUGAUUCAAUUUCUGUCCGAAAACUUCAUUGCAAAGGUUGGAGACAUAAAACCAAUGUAAGAGCUUUUUUUGCUCAAUUUGUUGGAGAUCCUACAAGUGCUCUCAUGGUUUCAACUCAACAAGUGCCUAAAGAAGACGCAAAGGAAGUUCCAAGUUUAAUGAUUGGAGUACAACCCGAACAAAUGAUGAUGGGUGUACCUUUACUAGUGAAUGGAAUGCUUGUACAAAAUGGAGUUAUUCUUCCAAAUCCUUCAGCAUCAGGAACAAUGAUGAUCUUACAAAAUAAUUUAUCAAAUACAAACAAUAAUCAAACAAUACAAACAUCAUCAACAACAACAACAACAUCAUCUUCUGCUGCUAGUAAUCCUACUCAACAUAUUUCUAAUAAUGUACUUCAUGCAAUAGGUCAAAUGACAAAAACACCAGAAAAUUCAAUUCCUCCAUUCCCUGAUACCUCAUUCAAGCCACCAUUUGCAGAUGAAAAUUCACAACAACCAAAUUGGUUUUUAUUUCCUCCACCACCUCCUCCUCACUUGAUUAAUUUAUGUCCAAAUAUUCCACUUACAGGAAGUUAUCAGCAAACAGCACCAUCACCUCCAUUCCCAUACAUGUUACAAAAACAAAAAGUUGUAAAUUAA